AUGGGCUCCGUUUCCAACCAGGAAUUCUCAGGGGUUUGCAAGGCGGACGAAGACGAGGGCCCCAGCCCGGCCGAGGAGGACUCGGAGACCCUCCAGGGCCAGGGUUCGUGCAAGUGGUUCAACGUGCGCAUGGGUUUCGGCUUCCUGUCCAUGACGAGCCGGGACGGCGUGCAGCUGGACGAGCCCGUGGAUGUCUUCGUACAUCAGAGCAAGUUACACAUGGACGGCUUCCGCAGUCUGAAGGAAGGCGAAGCUGUGGAGUUUACCUUCAAAAAGUCCCCCAAAGGCCUGGAGUCCCAGCGGGUCACGGGCCCCGGUGGGAUCCACUGCCUGGGCAGCGAGCGCAGACCCAAAGGCAAGAAAGUCCAGAAGCGACGCUCCAAAGGAGAUCGGUGCUACAACUGCGGCGGUCUGGACCACCACGCCAAAGAGUGCAAGUUGCCGCCUCAGCCUAAAAAGUGCCACUUCUGCCAGAGCAUCGAUCACAUGGUGGCCAACUGUCCAAUCAAAGCACAGCAGCCCUCGCCGGCUUCUCAGGGAAAGCCGUCCGCCCUGAAGGUCAACGAGGAGGAGAAAGGUGGACACGCCUCCACCCCGCCACCGCCACCUCCUCAAGAGGCCUCCGAAUAG